UUUCAAUCUUCAAUCUGUUUCCAAAUAUACUCCCCUCCGCACGACGCCGGAGCCGACGAACCUCCGGCGGCGCAAUCGGAAGGAGAAAGGCUUGAGCUGUGAUCGCUCCCUCUCCCCGCCGCUAUCCCCUCCUAUGUCUUUUCUGUUCCCUCUUCCUUCCACCUCAACUGUUGAGUCCAGGCGCCGAAAGGGUAGAUUAAGAAAUCGAUGGAGUUAGCUCGUUUGGAUGAUGACCAUCAAAGCUUAUGAUCAAACAUAUAUGGAUUUAUUUCACGAAAGUGAAAUUGGGGACUCCUCCAAAGGAAUUCAAUCUCCAAAUUGAUACGGGGAGCGAGCUGACAUGGGUCAGCUCCAAGUCAUGCCCCUCUUGUCCGCGCUCGAGCCGAUUCGGGAUUGAGCUCAGCCACUAUGACGUUGCAGCAUCUUCCACGUCAAAGGUUAUUCCGUGUUCAGACAAGAGUUGUACUGCAAUCACUCUUGGGGAUGCAACUAGAUGUUCAAUCGACGGCCAAUAUUGUGGCUACGUUAUGAAAUACCUGGAUGAGUCGGCAACAUCGGGAUUUUACGUUGCUGAUACCUUUCAUUUUGAGUCAGUUUCGUCCAACUCAACCACCUUAAAUGCCUCAGCUGGAAUCCUUUUUGGUGUCAGCACGUACCGCUCUGGCAUGUUGGCCGAGACAGAGACAGCUGUAGAUGGGAUCUUCGGAUUCGGAAAACAGAAGCUAUCCGUUCUCUCCCAACUGUACUACAAAGGAAUCACCCCUCGAGUUUUCUCUCACUGUUUGAAAGGAGGGGGAACUGGAGGCGGUGUCUUCGUACUUGGAGAGGUUUUGGCACCAGGGAUGGUCUACACUCCUCUCGUCCCAUGGCAGCCCCAUUACAGUGUACACCUGGAGAACAUUGUAAUUAAUGGAAAGCUGCUACCCGUGGAUCCUAAAACCUUCACACCUUCAGCUGAUUAUGCAACAGUUCUCGACACUGGAACAACAUUUUCAUACUUCGUGUCAGAAGCCUACGAUCUGUUUGUUGGUGCGGUAAGCAACAAUCCCUUCCCUAUCCUUAGAACUUUAGUUUUGUUAUUGUAUUUCUCAUAUGUGCAUUGGACCUUCAUAUGCAGGCUAUUUCCUCUGGUGAGCUUGAAUUUUGCUGGCGGUGCUUCUUUAAGCUUAAAACCGGAAGAAUAUCUUUUUCUUUCCAAUGUAAUGCAACAGGAUGGUACUACGUGGUGCAUAGGUUUUCAAAAGGCUCAAGGACAAACCAUCUUAGGAGAUCUUGUUCUCAAAGACAAGAUUUUUGUUUACGAUUUGGUCCGCCAAAGGAUUGGGUGGGUCAAGUAUGACUGCUCGUCGUCAGUAAAUAUCUCAGUUCCUAAUGACGACUUCUUUUAUCUGAAGCAGUCAAGCUCGGGCAGCUCAUCUAGAGGCUUGCUCGUCCAGUUGCUUACUGUAGCCAUUGUCACCUUGUUUUUUUCAGUUUAGUUGUUACCUAGAUUAGCCUAUGUGAUUAAUGUACAUAUGCACUCUUGAGAGGAUCAAUGAAUCACUUAAUGAUUACUUCAAGAAUGCUUCUGUUGCCUUUCCAUUUUGUUAAGUAAAAGCUAUUUAUCUCCCUUGCCUGUGCUUUCUCCUGUUGCCUUGCUCUCUCUUCUGAAAGUUUGUUCAUAAUUGGAAGGAGAUGGUGCUGCUGAGUGCUGAAUACUUUGCUCUUGGAGUAUUAUUGGAUUUUCUUACUUAUUAGAUUCUUGUUCUUUGCUUCCACUUCCCUGUUAAUUUUUUUACUAUACUACUUUGAUUCUUUUUCCUUUGCUCUUAUGUUGUCCUGUUGAUGAAUUGGGGACAAGUUCAACCUUAGGCUUGAUUUAUAGUGACCAAGGUUAGUCCACUUGGCGAGCAGAUGAUGGCAAUGGAGAUCUUCCUUCCUGUUUCGGAUUAGCAUAACCGCUUCUCGGUUUAUUGAUUUUCACUUGUGUCUUUAUGCAGUCUCUGGAGGGAUGUUGAUGAGAACUACUGUC